AUGCACAAGCAGUUGGCACAGAACCCCACAUCACCUACAGUUGCUGCACUCAUGCUUCAAGCUCAGCUCACACCUCUGGUCUCAUGGAGGAUUUGUUUUGAAUUGCUGACAGAAGAGGAAAUAUCCCAGCCUCAGUUUACUCAUGUGUUCCCUGGGGCUGUAGGUGGAGAGAGGCUUGCAAGGUUGGAAAUUCUUUGCUGGGAGCCAGGGAGAAAUGGAGCUGGAGCAGAGAGAGGGGUGAACGAGCGGGUCCUGAACAGGCUCCAUCAGGUACAGAGGAUAACAAAGAGACUCCAGCAGGAGCGGAGGUUCCUCAAGAAGGUGCUAGACUCCUACGGCGAUGACUACCGGGCCAGCCAGUUCACCAUCUUACUAGAGGACGAGGGCAGCCAGGGCACAGACGCCCCCACCCCAGGCAACGCUGAGAACGAGCCUCCAGAGAAAGAGGGGCUGUCCCUGCCCAGGAGGACACCAGCGCCCACAGAAGCCAGCAGCCCGGCCCCUGGCGAGGGGCCCAGCGGGUGGAAGAGGCAGCAAGCGCAGCGAGUGCCACAGGAAGGGCACCAGGCGGGAGUCCCGCUGACUCCGGAGCUGGCCCCCGUGCAGAUAAAGGUGGAGGAAGACUUUGGCUUCAAAGCGGUUGAGGCUCUGGACUCAAGUUGGGUUUCUCGGGGGCCAGACAAGCUGCUGCCCUACCCCACCCCUUUGACUGACCCCCCAAUAAACAGACCCCAUGCUCUCCUCGGCAAAAAAAAGCUUAUAGAGACAUGCUUAUAG